AUGGCCUGCGAGCGGAGCAAGCUUUCAGCUUUGUCGCUGCCACUUCUGCAAGGCCUUUGUCGUGCCAAAGGUCUCAGCCUGGAGAAAGGCGCCAACAAGGCAGAUAUUAUCGAGCGCCUUCUUUCGCAAAAGCGCCGUCCAAAAGAGGUGGAAGAGCCACCUUCAAAGGUGGCCAAGAUCGAGCGCAAAGUUCAAGAGACCCAAAGUCGACAAAAGUUGGUCUUCCAGUCUUCGCUGCCCGGCCUUGAAACGCAGAGCUUCCGGGUCCUGCGCUGCACGUGCUGCUCAGUGAUCUUCAAUCUCGAGAAGACGCAAUACCACGGAGAUGCCCAAAGCUUUUGGUGUCCCAGCUGCCGCUUCCGGGCUAUGGAUCCCUUCAAUGAGGUAUCUGGAGAAGGUGUCCUCCACUGUGCACUUCUUGGCCUCGGUGGAUACGAGUUUGAGGUGAACCUUUCGCGCUUACAGGAGUGGCGAGAUGCAGGAGAGACUAUUUGGCUGCGCAUGCUGCAGGUGGACAGUCAGGAACUCUUCCAAGUUUGGCCAGAGGAACUUGCUGUUGAGGUCGAUGGGUGUCAGCUUUUUCGCGUUGCCCCGCCGGAGAAGGGACACAAGCGGCGAGAUGUGCCGCAAGACAUCACUGAUUGGCUCCAAGCAGGUCCAAAUGUCUUGCGCUUGCGCUUCACGGAUGCCCAGGGCUUGGCACUGGGGCUGGUCAGGGCCGCACCAAAAGCUCCACGGCGGCUCUGCCUGGAGGUACCCAGGCAGGAAGCACCAGAGGCUCGUGCCAAGCUCUUAACGCUCUUGAGAAACUCUGAAGAGGAUGGCUUGGAAUUUGUUGCCUCGCGGCAGCUAUCAUUGCUGUGCCCUGUAGCCUUAGCGCGGGUGGAGCGACCCGCCCGUGGCAGGCGAUGCCGUCACCUUCGCUGUUUUGGCCUAGCGGCUUAUUGCAGGAGCAACUACGGCAUGGCUGCUUUCAACAAUCGUUGGAGCUGCCCGGUGUGCAACAAACGAGUGCGCCCGGAGGAGCUUCUGAUUGACGGUUUCGUGGAAGACAUCCUCCAAAAGACCGAGGCACCCCUUUGGGGCCAGGCAUGGUGUUGGACUAUGAAUAUUUUGAUUAUUUGGCGAUUUAUUCCAUCACAAUUCCAGAAAGUAAGGCGCGGGGCUCUGUAA